UUUUUUUUUCUUCUUGUCCCUUCUAAAGUUUUCUUUCUUUCUUUUAUCAUCACAAUGUCUGACUCUGAUGAACAACUUCAGGCGAAUACUUAUAUUUGGAGUCAAAGUAGUGAUCAAGUUACCAUCUCUUUCUUAGUACCCGAAAGUUCAAAAUCAAAGGAUUUAGAUAUAGUCAUUGAUAAUCAAUAUGUCAAGGCUGGUUUAAAAGGUCAAGAACCUGUAUUCAAAGCUAAACUUUUCGCUACAGUCAAUCAUUUUGAUUCUUUAUGGCAAUUGGAAAAAAACUCGGCGUCUCCCUUUUCUUCAUUAACCGCGUCUCCUUCACUUUCCAUUGCUUCAUCUUAUGCAUUCAUGUCUCCUAAUCACUCACCCAACUCGUCCAUGAUCUUGCCUGCGCCGGCGCUUACGGAAUCAUUGACUUUGGAUUCAUCUUCAGCUCAAAUGGCAGAUUUGUUACAACAAACGGCAGCUCUUGGUACCAACAAUAACAAUAAUAAUAAUAAUAAUCAACAAGAUUCAUCUUCUCCUCCUUCUUCUUCUGAAAUGGUUGAAGAAUUAUCUUCUCAACCUUCAUCACCUGUAGCUCUUACUUCACCUGUUUCGAUAGCUACACCUCCUCCAAUAAAACAACAACAACAACAAACAAAAUAUCGUAUUCUUACCAUUCAUUUAGAAAAGGAAAAUGAAGGAUUGGAUUGGGCUAUUCCUGUUUCUUCUGGUUGGAAAUCUGAAAUGGAUUUAGAUGUUACAAGUGCAUAUCAUUUGGCGCAUUGGCAUGAAACUCGAAUGGGGAAUCUCAAGAAAGCAUUGGAUUAUUAUUUGAAUGCUGCAGAAAGAGGUCAUACAAAAUCAAUGGUAAAGGCGGCUGCUUUAUAUGAGUCUGAUCAAGAAACUGUCCCGAAUGCUACCACUUAUCCGGAAAAGGAUGCCAAAAAAUCAUUUGAAUGGUAUAAACGUGCAGCAGAUCUUCCAUCUGAAGUGAUUGGCAGUCAUAGUGGACCUGAUCCUUUGGCUUGUUAUGUAGUGGGUACUCUUUAUGGAUCUGGUUCAACGGAUGCUGGAAUUGAAAAGAAUUAUGAACAAGCUUUAUAUUAUUAUAACCGUUGUAUGUUGAUAACGGCUCCUCAUAUCGAUUUGGAUUUUGGCCUAUUGGAUCAACAACAUAUUCCCAAAUCAAUAUUACGAAAUCAUACGCCCUAUACACGUGAUGAACGAUACUUUAGUAGCUCGGCCUUCCAAACAGGUCUUAUUUAUCUAUAUGGGUCACAACCGGAAGGUGAAACUGUUCGAUCAACUACGGUGGUUGAAGUGGAUGCACCAUUGGCUUUACGGUAUUGGAAAGAAGCGGCUGUUCUGGGUCAUGCACAAGCUUGUUACAACAUUGGGAUUGUAUAUGCAAAUGGAAUGGGUGUGGAUCAAGAUUUAUUAUUGGCAGGAAAAUGGUUUGGACGUGCCUUAAAGUUAGAUACAACACAAAGAUUGGUGGCUCCUACUGGUGUGCCUGUGAUCAUGGAUUGGGAUGCUCAACCUGAUAAAAAUAAAAAGGAUACUCAAAAGAAGAAGACUCGACGCAAGAAAAGAAAAAGCAAGAAACAACAACAACAAAAUAAGGAUGCAUUUAGUUUUGCUUUGGCUCUUGGUGGUAUGACUGCUAUGGCCGGUAUUAUUUGGUGGUGGUAUCAUAGAUCUCAAAAGAAUUAGGCUAGUCUAUAAAUAUAUUCAAUAAAAGAAAUGUAGAGUCAUAUGGCUAUGUUGUGUA